AUGAGCAAAGAAGACGAAAAAAUCACGAGGGUCGAGUCGACCGGCGUCGAGGAAGUCACCGACGUUACUCAAUACAAGGUUGGCAAAUGGCAAGGCUUUAAGGACUCUUUUAAGCCUGCCAACAUUCCUGAGAUGAACGACCCCAAUCUUACCGAUCUCGAGAAGGCUGCCAUUGCCACUGCUAACUCACCUCUUCAAAAGUCUCUGAAGGCCCGUCACUUGCAAAUGAUUGCCAUUGGUGGUUCCAUUGGUACCGGUUUGUUUGUUGGUUCCGGUGGUUCGCUUUCUGGUGGUGGUCCCGCCUCUGUUAUUAUCGCCUUUGCCCUUAUCGGUUCCAUGUUGUUUAUGACUGUCCAUGCUCUCGGUGAACUUGCUGUCCGUUUCCCUGUUUCUGGUGCCUUUGCUACUUACUCGACUCGUUUUGUGGACCCUGCUUGGGGCUUUGCCAUGGGCUGGAACUAUGCGCUCCAAUGGUUGGUUGUUUUCCCGCUUGAACUCGUUGCUGCUUCCAUUACUAUCACCUACUGGCAAUAUGAUGACAAUGCAGCAACCCGUGUUAAUGCAGACGCUUGGGUCGCUCUGUUUUACGCUGUCAUUGUCGUUAUUAAUCUUAUCGGUGUUAAGGGUUAUGGUGAAGCCGAGUUUGUGUUUUCCAUUAUCAAGGUUCUCGCUGUCGUUGGCUUUAUCAUUCUCGGUAUUGUGCUUGUUUGCGGUGGCGGCCCCCAGGGUGGUUACAUUGGUGGUAGAUACUGGCACGACCCUGGUGCCUUUAACAAUGGCUUUAAAGGUUUCUGUUCUAUCUUUGUCAAUGCUGCUUUUGCCUUUUCCGGUACUGAACUUGUCGGUCUUGCUGCCGCUGAAACUAAGAACCCCAGAAAGGAUCUCCCCACUGCCACUAAGCAGGUCUUUUGGCGUAUCACCCUCUUUUACAUUGUCUCUCUCCUUCUCGUCGGUCUCCUCGUCCCUUACAAUGAGCCCCGUCUUCUCGGUUCUUCCUCUGUCGAUGCUACCGCCUCUCCCUUCGUCAUUGCCAUUAACAAUGCCGGUAUCAAGGGUCUCCCCUCAGUUAUGAAUGUUGUCAUUUUGAUUUCCGUCUUGUCUGUCGGUAACUCUUCCAUUUAUGCUUGCUCUCGUACUCUUGCUGCUCUUGCUGCUCAAGGCCAGGCCCCCAAGAUUCUCGGUUACAUUGAUCGCCAGGGUCGUCCUCUUGCCGGUAUUGCUUUGACUUCCGUCAUUGGUCUCCUCUGUUUCCUUGCUGGCUCUGACAAGCACACUGAGGCCUUUAACUGGAUGCUUGCCCUUUCCGGUCUUUCUUCCAUUUUCACUUGGGGCUCUAUCUGUCUCUCCCACAUUCGCUUCCGUCACGCCAUGAAGGUUCAGGGCCGCUCUUUGGACGAACUUCCCUUUAAGGCUGCUCUUGGUGUUUGGGGUUCAUGCUAUGGCUUUAUGUUCAACUGCCUUGUUCUCAUGGCUCAGUUUUGGACUGCCCUUUUCCCCACCAACAAGGCUUCUGCCUAUUCGUUUUUCCAGGUUUGGCUCUGUCUUCCCAUUGUUUUGGUGAUGUUUAUCGGCUACAAGCUUUGGUUCAGACCACCAUUAAUCCGCGCCAAGGAUAUGGACUUGAUUACUGGUGUCCGCGAGGUGGACAUGGAUGUUCUUCGCCAGGAAUUGGCCGAGGAGCGUGCCUACAUUCAAUCCAAGGGCUGGUGGUACAGACUUUACAAGUUCUGGUGUUAA